AGAGUAGAUAACACAGUGAUUAAACUGCAGACUGCAUUAGCACACGAGUAGCUCCGACCAUAGACUGCCUUGAAACAGCUUGGAAACUGAAAUUUAGUUGAAGAAAAUUAACUCUAAACCAAGUAUGACAUCUAACAUGAUAAAGGAUCUCCUGAAAAUACCAGAAAAAUAUAAUGUUGUUCAACAAUUCAAUCAAAGCGUCAUCUUUGCUUCCCAAAGAACCAAAGAAUACAUUGGAUUCAAGGAUCCCAAGUCUAAACUGAUGAUAAAUAAUUCGAUGCUGACAGAUAUUUUCCUGAUGACCUACAUUGACCGAAGCAUUCAGUGUAAGCUGACUGAAUCGAUCAGUUGUACAAAGCUGACUGAAGAGCAAACCAUCCUUUUGGGGACAAAUUGGGUUUGGGCGGUGCAGGACAUGCCUUCCAAAAACCCCAAGGUGCAGAUUGCAGUGCAGGUCAUUCACAUGGAGAGCAAAGAGGCCGUGGCAAUGGAGAAGAGAUAUCAACCCACUGAGUCCAUGAAGCUGGCAAGACAAGCAUCGAUGAACAAGACCCACCCUGAGAAAAUCAGCGACUUCUGUUCAUCCAUUGGAAAAGACUGUUAUGGGCUCUUUCUUUUCUUUGGGCUCAAGGGCGACCCGAAGUCCAUCUGUGGAGUCCUGAGCAAUGACUUCCACAUGCACUUAGGAUAUGGCCUAGAGGUUGACAACGCUUUCCUGCUGGAUUGUAUUGAGAAAGCCAAGACCUUUGUCACUCCAGGAAGAAUGUUGGAGCUGAUCCUUCAGAAAGAAGGUGUGCCAGAGAACUUGAAGCCAGUCUGUGUCAAGUUUACUCAAUAAACUACACUAGGACGCACUCUGAAUGGGUUCCAAUACGAUGCAGGUCACCAAGAAACUUUGAGUUCAACUUUGCAACCAGGCAAACCUUAGCUUUGUCACUGGAGGAAACUGAAUAUUCCUUUUCAACUUGACGUUUCACUGCUUCUAAGAAACCGCUUUCCAUCUGAGUGGAUUUCACAUCUGAUUAGCUUCAGUCAACUAGAUCAGCAUUUAUUCUUCAGUCUCAUUGUAUUUAGAAGUUGUAGAAUCCUAGGCUAGUAUAGGGAAGAAAGAGGCUAUUCAGCCCAUUGGGUCUAUGUUGGCUCUUUCAAAGAGCAGUCCAGUUAGUCCCAAUCAUAGGCUCGUUCCCCAAUAUCCCUGGAGGCAUUCUGCCUUCAAGUAAUUAUCCAAUUGCCCUUUUGAAGGCUGCUAUUGAAAGAGCAUCCAUCACCUAUCAGGCAAUGCAUUCCAAAUCCCAACCACUUAUUGCAUAAGUUUUCCUCAGUUUGACUCUGGUUCUUUUGCCAGUAAGCUUAAAUCAUGUCCUCCAGUCAUCGACACUUCAGCCACUGGAAACAGUUUCUCAUUACUUAUUCCAUCUAAAGCAUGAUUUUAAACAACUCUAUUGAAUCUUCUCUUAGUUUUCUCUGCUCAAGGAGAACUUUCAUUGACAUGUGCUUUGUUUUCAGAGUUUGUAAAUAUGUAGGUCAUCGAAUGACAGCAAGUGUCAAGCAAUUGGGAGUCAGAAGUAACAGAUGGGCUGAAUGGUCUUCCUCAUUACCCUGGGCAGUGGAAAAAGAUUAAGUAGUCACUUUCAAAAAGGAAUUGGACAAAUACUUCAAGGGGAGAAAUGAUGCAGGGCCAUGGGGGAAAGAGCAGGCUAUAGUGGAACUAACUGGAUCAUUCUUUCAAAGAGCGAAAACAUUUAUACCCUAAGUAUGCACAAAGAGGUUUUAGGACAUCUAGAAAUCUUGAUCUCUACAGAGACCCAAAGGUAAAUUAUGAAUUAAUGAUUGAAGAAGUUUUAAAGGUUCUCCUUCUGAUUUUUCAGUCUUCUUGUAUUCUACUUUGGUAAUGGUUUUCCUAUAUCCCUGCUGCCCUUUUUGCCCUAUAGGCGGCAGACCUCACAGUUUUGGAAGGUGCUGUCGAAGGAGUCUUGGCAAGUUGCUGCAGUGCAUCUUUUAGAUGGUACACACUGCUGUCACUGAGUUGAUGUGUAGGAUACUAAAUGGUCAGUGCCGUCACAUGCAUUGAGGGGCAGAAUUUCAUCUUUACUACAUGGGAUGUAAUCUAGUAAAACAGAUCACCUAGCUUCUAUAAAGCCUGCUUGAGACUCAAUCCUGUGAAACCAAUACAUAUCAGCAGUCUCUAUACAGGGUGGAUGAUUCACUACACCAGAUUACCAUCUACAGUGUAAAGAUAAAAAUCGAACUCUGAGAGUAAUUGAGGCAUUUGAAAGCUGCUUUUAACAAAUGCUUUGCCAUGAGUCUGUUGUACUUCAUUGAGUGCAUGAGCAGGCAUUAAAGGAUUAAUAAACCAAA